CCCCCGUCCAAUGAUGUCAUCUGCUCGGCGACUCGAGUCGAUUCCCUCCUUCUCUUCUCUACUUGUCUCUUUUCUUCCCCCUCGACCCCCUCCAUCCAUCGUCCUGGUAUCUGCGUCCUCGGAAUUUAUGUAUGUCUUUUCGAAAUAAUUUGCAUCGGUCGCGGACUCUUCUCCGCCUUGGUCAAAUGGCUUCGCACCGAUUCUCUAGCUCGACCAUCGGGUCUUCGCUGGCCGACCUCCCAAAGUCCGGUGUUUUCACGGCGAAACUGCCGCCGGAUCCUGCUUUUGAAACCCCCGAGUCGUCACACCAAGCGCCCAGGGAGACACUUGGUCCCCGUCUGGUGAAGGGCGCGCUCUAUACUUUUGUCCGCCCCGAACCGACCGAGGCGACGGAGCUCUUGGGAGUCAGUCCGAAAGCAAUGAAUGACCUCGGCUUGAAAUCUGGCGAAGAGCGUACCUCCGAGUUUGAGGCCCUAGUGUCUGGUAAUAGGUUCUAUUGGACCCAGGAGAACGGAGGGAUCUAUCCUUGGGCGCAGUGUUAUGGAGGUGAGAGCAGCCUCUGCCGCGCCACCCGAAGUUUUUUGGUUUUGUUAACAGUUGCAAGUGGUUCAUGGGCAGGUCAGCUGGGCGAUGGACGCGCAAUCAGCCUUUUCGAGUGUACUAACCCAAAUACACACGUUCGGUAUGAACUGCAGCUGAAAGGGGCUGGACGUACACCCUAUUCUCGCUUCGCUGACGGAAAAGCUGUCCUCCGAUCCAGCAUCCGAGAAUAUGUUGUGUCAGAAGCACUUUCGGCGCUUGGCGUGCCAACUACUAGAGCUUUGUCCAUUACCCUAUUGCCAAAAUCUAAAGUUUUGCGGGAGCGCAUGGAGCCUGGAGCCAUAGUCGCUCGAUACGCCGAGUCUUGGUUGAGAAUUGGAACUUUCGACCUUCCACAUGCACGUGGCGAUAGGGACACGGUUCGAAAAUUGGCUUCUUUCGCUGCUGAGGAAGUGCUUCACGGCUGGGAGGCUUUGCCGGCGACAGUGUCGUUGGGUAAAGAUGACUCCCUAGACGUUGUCGAUAGCCCAGCGAGAGGCGUUCCCUGGGAUCAGAUACAAAAGCACCAGGGCGUAGAUGAAAAUAGGUUUGCAAGACUAUACCGAGAGAUUGCGCGGCGAAACGCGAAGACAGUGGCCGCUUGGCAAACCUAUGGUUUCAUGAACGGUGUUUUGAAUACUGACAAUACGUCGAUAUAUGGAUUGUCUCUGGAUUAUGGACCAUUUGCCUUUAUGGAUAACUUUGACCCUCAGUACACACCAAAUCACGAUGAUCACCUUCUGAGGUAUUCGUACAAAAACCAACCAACCAUCGUCUGGUGGAACCUGGUUAGGCUUGGAGAGUCUUUAGGUGAGCUUAUCGGGGCGGGGGACAAAGUUGACGACCAAAUCUUCGUGAAAGAAGGACUGGCAGAGGAUUCCGUUCAGGCUGUUGUUGAGCGUGCAGAGGCUAUCAUCGAACGGACGGGCAAAGAGUUCAGGAUCGUGUUCUUGAACGAGUACAAACGCCUGAUGAGCAAGCGACUGGGACUGAAAAGUCGAAAAGAAUCCGAUUUCCAGGACUUAUUUUCGGAGCUUUUGGACACCUUGGAAGCCUUGGAACUGGACUUCAACCAUUUUUUCCGACGAUUAUCCCACAUACCACUUACUGCCAUUGAAACCAGGGACCAAAGGAUGAACAUAGCGCCGGUGUUUUUCCAUGAGGAAGGAUUCGGCGGGAUUGGCUACACCGACGAGACGGCCAAGGAGCGCAUCGGCAAUUGGCUCGAUAGCUGGAGGGUUCGAAUUCUCGAGGACUGGCAGCCGGAUCAAGAUCAGGAGAGACAGAAAGCAAUGAAAGCGGUGAACCCUAAAUUCUUGCCUCGCGGAUGGAUUCUGGACGAAGUCAUUGAUCGCGUUGAGCGUCGUGGAGAUCGUGAGAUUCUGAAAAACGUCAUGCACAUGGCUCUCAACCCGUUUGAAGACAGCUGGGACUUGAAUAAGGAGGAGGAAGAGCGGUUCUGCGGAGAUGUUCCUCGAUUCCAAAGAGCUAUGAUGUGCAGUUGCAGUUCCUAAUCGUGGACUGGUUCGUUCUUUCUUUUUUAAUAAGAAGCAAGCCAGUCAACAUUGCUUUUAAACGUGAAUUUAAUUGACAAAAACUUUUUUUUUUCGGUUCGUAGUCUUCCGCAUUACACAAAGGGAAAGUUUUAUCAACCCACGAUCUUCCUCCAACAGCCCAGACCACCGAUCUACCAAUUUCGAGAACCCCACCCUUCCCUCGGAGAAAAAAAAAGUCUUCCUGGUCCUAUGUCAAACUGGAGGAUAAUAAGGCGGUAGAUAGAGUUCAAGGUUUAGCGAAUUUCCCCAUGAUACCGUAAUCGGGGAAGUUGUU